AUGCCAGUGACGACCAUCCUGGGGUCCCCUGAGGGUCUGUGCCGCCUGCUCCAGCUGCUCUCCACCUGCGUGGCCUUCUCGCUGGUAGCCAGCGUGAACGCAUAUGGAGGGUUCUCGGGUGACUGGUGCAUGUUCGCCUGGUGCUUCUGCUUCGCCGUGACCUUCAUCAUCAUCGUGGUGGAGCUAGGCGGGCUCCAGGCUCGCUUCCCGCUCUCCUGGCCCAACUUCCCCAUCAUCUACGCCUACUACGCCACCCUCUUCUGCUUCUCGGCCUCCAUCAUCUACCCCACCACCUACGUCCAGUUCUUGGGUCACGGCCGCACCAGGGGCCACGCCAUCGCCGCCACCGUCUUCUCCUGCAUCGCGUGUGUGGCUUAUGCCACCGAGGUGUCCUUGACCCGGGGUAAGAUCACGGGCUACAUGGCCACUGUGCCAGGCCUGCUCAAGGUGGUGGAGACCGUCGUGGCCUGCAUCAUCUUCGUCUUCAUCAGCGACCCCUACCUGUACAAGUACAAGCCCGCGCUGGAGUGGUGCGUGGCCGUCUAUGCCAUCUGCUUCAUCCUGGCCGCCGUGGCCAUCCUGCUGAACCUGUUUGACUUCACCAACGCGCUGCCCAUCCCCCUCCCCAGCUUCCUGUCCGGCCUGGCCCUGCUCUCCGUCCUCUUCUACGCCUCGGCCAUGGUCCUCUGGCCUCUCUACCAGUUCCACCAGAGGUAUGGCGGCAUCCCCGAGCGCAGGAGGGAUUCCCUCUGCACGAUCAGCCACGUUCACUACGUGUGUGCCUGGGACCGCCGCCUGGCCGUGGCCAUCCUGACGGCCAUCAACCUGCUGGCCUACGUGGCUGACCUGGUGUACUCGGCCCACCCGGGCUUUGUCUGA